AAUAUCUAAUUUAAUUUUGAAUACCGAAUGAUUAAACAAAUCGCACAACACUAUCAGAAAAAAGAAGAUAAUAUUCUGAUCAUCAAAAUUCUGAAGAAUAACUUCACACUGACUUCUCUAUAUAAAGCACAUAUCAUUUCCAGUUACCAUACCAUAUUCUCUUUUCAUUGUUUUGGAGUUUCAUUUGUUCCUUUAAUGGACAAAUCUGCAACAAUGGCCACUGCUGAACAGAAGGAGAAGCCGCACUUUGCGUUUCUCCCAAGCCCUGGCAUGGGACACAUCAUCCCACUCUUUGAGUUCGCUAAACGCCUAGUCAUCAACCACGGCUUCCACGUCAGCUUCUUCGUCAUCACUACCGGAGCUUCCGCCGCACAAAAUGAACUUUUCCUAUCAGAUAACCUCCCCGCCGGUUUCCACGCCGUCGAAAUCCCGCCGGUGGAAAACAUCUCUUCAUUUUUCACCGACGAUAUGAGAGUUGUCACCCGCCUCUCUAUUAUAGUCCGCGAAUCACUCAAACAAUACCUCUCCUCACUUCUAAUAAAACACCGCCCUAAAGCUUUGAUUAUCGAUUUGUUCUGUACGGACGCUUUUGAGAUUUGCAAAGAGGUUUCAAUUCCUGUUCACUCUUUCUUCACUGCCUCUACUCUUUUGAUGGCUUUCUCUUUGUAUCUCCCGACGCUAGACCGGGAAGUCAACGGCGAGUUCGUUGACCUUCCUCAACAUAUUCAAACUCCUGGAUGCAAUCCAAUAUGCCCUCACGACCUCCUAGACCAGGUGAAAGACAGGAAAAACGAUGAGUACAAAUGGUAUUUACUUCACGUCAGCAGAUUACCAUUGGCCGCCGGAAUAUUUGUCAACAGUUGGGAUGAUCUUGAACCAGUGACCCUUCAAGCUCUUAAAGAAAAUUCAUUUUUCCAAAAUAUACCAAUUCCGCCUAUUCAUACUAUAGGGCCAUUGAUCAAACAAGAUGAAGUCAUUACAGAAAAGGAUGCUGAGAUUUUGGCGUGGUUGGAUAAUCAGCCGCCUGAUUCUGUUCUCUUUGUGGUGUUUGGUAGUGGCGGCACCUUGACAAGUGAACAACUUACUGAGUUAGCUUGGGGUCUUGAAAUGAGUCACCAAAGGUUAUUAUAUCAUUUUAAUAUUAGAAAAUAGAGUUUAAAUUGAGUAUAAAUAUAUUAUCAUAUCUAUUUUACUUGUUGCAGUAAGCUAUCUUUUUAAAAAAUUAUAAAUCAGUGUUCACUAAAUAAAUAGGGAGGAAGUAAAAUGAAAAUGGCCGAAAAAAUAAUUUCCCUCAUGAGAUUUGAGAUUUUAUGUUUUCCGGGCGGGUUAGUGAUUGGGUCGGAUAAGUU